AUGCCUUUUCUCCUGGUCCUCCCGGGUGUGGCAGAGACUACAGGCCCAUGGACAGAUCUGGAAAAUAUUGCUGGGAAGAUGGUUUUCUAUCAAAUUGAAGGAAAUGCCACCUAUGUGAGAGACACAGGAGAACUGGCGUCCGACAUUCCCACAGAAACCAUGUUUGAGCUCUUCGAUCCCCUGCAGAAUUACAGCACUGCAAAAUUCACCUAUACAUGGGAUUUAGGCAACGGAGAAGUGAUCAAAGGGACAGAGCCAGUUAUCCGCUAUCAUUACUCAGUAUCGGGGAACUAUACGUUGCGACUGAAAGUAGGAGCCAGUGCUACCAAAGAUGAACUUCCAACCACUGGGGUCUACUCCACAGAUGUUCAAGUGCUCGAUGCCAUCAAGCACAUCGAGUUGAAGGGCCCUUCAGAUUAUGAGGUGUCUCAGAACACCAGUUUGGCUUUUCAUGUCGAUGGAAGUCCUCCCAUUUGGGUGUGCUGGCGUUUCCUGCCUAACUGUGUGCCGGACCUAACGGAGGGCUGCACGCUUACCAUUUUGUAUGAAAACACCCUGAGACUGAACCACACCUUCACCUCUGCCGGCGUCCACUGCCUGGAGAUCAGCGUCCGCAAUGACGUCAGCAAACUGGAGACCUCCUUCAGCCUCUUUGUCAAGAAAAACAAUAACACCCACACUUUCUUCAUCCUGACAUGUGCUGCCAUUCUUGUGGCAACUUUCUCCUUCAUCGCAGUUAUCGCCUGUCGCCCUCGUCAUCACAACAAAUCACAGCAUACUGUUGCUACAUACACAUGUACCGUACCUAAUAACCCGCAGCUGACUCCCAUCACUCAUCCACAGGUGUAUAAAGGGGGGAAAAGGGAGAACAAUCCGGGCCAGUGGGCCAUGUAA